AAAAAAAAAGGAAAAAAUGAAAAAAUAUAUUCUUUAUUGUUUUUAAACCUUCGAAAAGCUUAAACAGCAACAAACAAUCUCAGUUUUAACAGAUAAAGACAGCCUUGCAAUGCAAAACAUAAAUAUAAAUUUAUUUAUUUAUUUAUAAUCUGGCGUGCUCCAAGGCACACGCUCACGCAUUAACAUUUGCCAGUUCAUUUUUAAUUUUAAUUCUAAUGUCCUUUAAUUUUUUUGCUCUUCUUUGAGUCAUUCUCACAAACAACUGACAGGUGAGAGCUCCUAGAUCUCUCCUCGAUACUGUGACACCGAACAAUCUUCAUUUAUCAGCUUUUUUUUUUUGCCUUUUUGUAUUUGAAAUGGUUAUUAUUUCUUUAAAUCUUAUUGAUUGAAAGUUGAAACCUGGUGUCUGGUGAGAAAAAAGGAGGAGAAGAUUUGAUUGUAAUUUUGUGAGGAAACAUGGACGGUGGAGAUGGGACGGUGAGAUUAGGAGCUUUGAACUUGAAAGCGGGUCGAGGCUUCGAUUUGGAUCCAGAUGUCUCCGUUUCUUCUCCAGUAACCAGGCAAAAAGCGGCCGCCGCCAAACAGUUCAUUGAGAAUCAUUACAAGAACUACUUGCAAGGGUUGCAAGAGCGUAAGGAAAGACGGCGAGCACUGCAAAGGAGAGCAGAGGAAGCUCAGGUUUCCAGUGAGGAACAAGAGGAGAUGAUGAGGAAUUUAGAAAGGAGAGAAACUGAAUAUAUGAGGCUGCAAAGACGUAAAGUCGGAAUUGAUGAUUUCGAACAAUUAACUGUAAUUGGAAAAGGUGCAUUUGGCGAGGUAAGGUUAUGUCAAGCUAAAACCACAGGAGAGAUUUUUGCCAUGAAGAAGUUAAAGAAAUCAGAGAUGCUUAGUCGUGGACAGGUUGAACAUGUUCGUUCCGAGAGAAACUUGCUUGCCGAGGUUGAUAGCCGGUGUAUUGUAAAGCUGUUCUAUUCGUUUCAAGAUUCUGAUUUCUUGUACCUUAUAAUGGAGUAUUUACCUGGUGGUGACAUUAUGACACUACUGAUGAGAGAAGAUAUUCUUUCUGAAGAUGUUGCACGAUUCUAUGUGGCAGAGAGCAUUUUGGCUAUUCAUUCAAUUCAUCAACACAACUAUAUUCAUAGGGACAUUAAACCAGAUAACCUGAUACUAGAUAGGAAUGGGCAUUUGAAGCUAUCAGAUUUUGGAUUGUGUAAACCCCUGGAUGACAAAUAUUCAUCAAUUUUGUUGGAAGAUGAAGAUUUAACUUCCCAGGAAUCUACAAGUGAAGCUGAGGUCCAGUCAAGCUCUGAAAGACCCCCUUGGAUGAUGCCAAAAGAACAACUACAACAAUGGAAACGUAAUCGUCGUGCAUUGGCUUAUUCAACUGUUGGAACUCUUGAUUACAUGGCUCCUGAAGUUCUACUAAAGAAGGGUUAUGGGAUGGAGUGUGAUUGGUGGUCCCUAGGUGCAAUCAUGUAUGAGAUGCUCGUAGGCUAUCCUCCAUUUUGUUCUGAUGAUCCUCGGAUAACAUGCCGCAAGAUAAUCAACUGGAGAACCUGCUUGAAAUUCCCUGAUGAACCAAAAAUAACUGAUGAGGCUAAGGAUUUAAUUUGUCACCUGCUCUGUGAUGUUGAAACCCGCCUGGGCACCAGAGGUGUAGAAGAAUUGAAGGCACAUCCAUGGUUCAAAGGUGUGCAAUGGGAAAAACUAUAUGAAAUUGAAGCUGCAUAUAAGCCAACAGUGACUGGAGACUUGGAUACUCAAAAUUUUGAGAAGUUUCCUGAAAUUGAUGGCCCUCCCUCCGCAAUUCCACAAGUGGGACCUUGGAGGAAGAUGUUGACAUCAAAAGAUACCAAUUUCAUUGGAUUUACUUUUAAGAAAUCAGACAUCGUAAAGUCGCUUGAAAGUUCAGGUACUGACAUGAGAUCCAAUGGACCUUCAAAAGCUCCAUCUCUUAUUACCUUACUAGGUCGGAUUGAUCUUCAAGAAACCGUAAUACCAGAGGGAGAGCAGAAGCAGGAAACUUGAAUGGGAGCACCCUCUGUCAGCAUCGGUUGAGAGUAGGCGAUCUUCAGUUCAUCUCAGGUACACUCUGGGAAGCCAAAGGGGGAUCAUAUUAUAUGAGAUUGAAUUUGUCAAAGAAGAGCUGCUUGGAGACAUGAAUAAGGUCAAGUGAAAAGAUUGGAAGUAAUCUAGACCAAUACUUUUCUUUCUCCAAAAAUUGCUGUGUAUAAGAGCUACUGUAAAGCCGAAAAUUAUGUUCAAUUCAUUUUGACUGUAAUUUUUUUUUUUUUAUCGGAAUUCAAUUUUCCCUUCAUACAUAAACAAGUCACCAAAGAUUCCCAUUUUAA